AUGGCCAUUUCCAAAGGCCUUCGAGGAACAAUUGGAAAGUUGCAAGAAGAAAAUAGGAGAAUGGGUGAGAGUGCCCAGCAAGGAAAAGUCGAUGGGAUAGAAAUAAAGGAUAAAACGCGGGCUGGAAAGGAGGAGAUGAAAAUUUUGCAAAGGGAUAUCCGGGAACUUCUUGAAAAGGUCCACGAGUUGGAGAAGGAAAAUGAAAUGUUGCAGCAGAAGUUGAAGAAGAAGGACAGGGAACUUGAACGCUUUCAAGCCUUAGAAACAGGUGAAAAAAGUAAUAAUAUAUAUAAUACCUGUAUUGUUUGUUUUCAUUUUUCAUAUAUCGUGGUCAAAAAACUAAAAUUACUCGAAGAGAAUUCUAACCUGCUAACAAAUGUUGUUUCCCACUGCCGCGGGGCGUCGGCGACUUCUACGUUGGCAAAACUAAUAAAAAAUAGCCCCCGAAGUUUAUUAAUGAACGGCAACAGCAACAUUUACUCAAACAAAGAGGUCAACUCGAAUGACUGACUACUGACGCACGUUGUUUUUUAUAAAUCUAAGCGGUUUUCCUUAUCUUCCUAAUCUACUGUUUAAUUAAUACCAACACUAGAUAUUGACAUUCAACAACCUCGUCCAAGGGCCUCUUCAGGUACAUCUCUAGGGUUAAGCUCUGGGUACCAGUCGGAAGAAGAUCCCGAAGAGAACUGUAAGUUUUCGAAUUUUUCUUUUGGUUUUGUUUCUCUCUUCCGUUAUAACUUAUCUGUAGAGUAGUACUUUGUAUUCCUCGCUUUUUUAACAUUGCACCCUUAUUAGUAAUCAUACGUUAAUUUGGAGACUAGGAUAAAAUGAUGUUCGAGUUAAAAAAACUUUGGAAAAAAUGAGUAUUGUAUUUUACCUGCUACCCAAAUAAAUUUGUCUCAAGCGAUCGAAUACGAAAAAAGAGAACUAAAUAUUCGUGCAGAUAAUUCAUAACGAUUUCAAAUCGUGUUCUGAGACUAAGUAAUUACAGCGUUUCACUGGGAGCGUGUAACUGAGUAACGGCUUGGACGGAACUUACAGUUAAUGAAUCUUUGAAUUAUUUGGUGCAUUUAUAUCUCGUCAUUAUCAUUAUCAUCAUCAUUACCGUUACCAUUGUCAUUGUCAUUCUCAUUUUUUGCAUCGCAGCCUUAGAGAUUAUCCAGAUGCCUCGAUCCCAAGCCAUUCAGGAAGGAAGGAAGUUGGUGUUAAGUUGCAGGACGCGAAGCUUACCUGAUGUCUCAUACCGCUGGAUUAAAGAUGACAUCGAAAUCCCAGGGGCAAAUCGUUCGGACCUGGUGUUGGAGCCGGUACGCAUGCACGACUUUGGCCGCUAUUUUUGUCGUGUGUGGGAUAAGAGCGGAUCAUUGACUUCGGAACCCGCGGAUGUCGAUGUUUUCCCAUCUCCCCAUAUGAGUAAGUACGGUCAGUGGCGGAUCCGGAGAAGGGCCCCGGAGGGCUAGCCCCCCCCCCCCUUUAUUUUUAGACCAAACCGUGGCCCGAAGGGCCGAAAAUUUGUUUUUUGGGGACCAGAAGAGGUCUCCUAACCCUAACCCUAACCCUAACCCCCCCUCCCUUAUCUCGCCGUGUCUUUAAGAAAAUGCAUUUUGUUUUACUGAUUAUUAUUUCUUGUUUUAAUGAUCUGCUAUUAACAUGAUUUCCCGGCACUUCAUUAGGAUUCAGAGGAUUACACGAACUCGAUGCUGACACUAAACAGGCAGUAAUUGACUUGCUAAGCAAAAAACGCCUCCCUAGGCUACCCACCUGGAAACAGAUAGCAAGAAGAUAUGCUAUGAGGGAAACGGAAAUCUCCUCUUUGGAGAAAGAGAAAAUCCCCGCAAGAGCCAUGCUUGAAAAGCUGACAUCUCUGGCACCUAAUCUGACCGUUUACUAUGUUUGCAAGACGUUCAAUGAAGCAGGUCUCAGGCGGCUGGAUCUCGUGGAUGUUCUCUCACAGAAGAUGGCGAUAUCCGUACAUUAA